ACCCCCCCCCCCCAAAAAAAAAAAAAAGCGCAAAGCGACGGGAGGUCGGAGCGAGCAGAGAAGAACGCAUUUGAUUCAGAAAUCUCCAUUUGAAUCUCUCUCGUCUCCCCUCGAUCCCUAGCUUCCUCCCUGACACCAUGCUGCCGUCGCACCUCAACGGCCACUCCCCCCUCGCGCGCCGCUGCCCUCGCCUCUCCGCCGCCUCGCCGCCAGCCACCGGGGAUUCCGAUGCGGCGGCGGCGGCGGCGGACGCUCCGCUGGCGGAGCACGACCGCAUCUACUUCCAGUCAUACUCCCACAUCGGAAUCCACGAGGCCAUGAUCAAGGAUCGCGUUAGGACGGAUGCUUACCGCUCUGCCAUCAUGCACCACCAGAAGUUCAUCGAGGGGAAGGUUGUGAUGGAUGUGGGGUGUGGAACUGGAAUACUCUCGGUGUUCUGUGCUCGCGCUGGUGCAAAAUGUGUGUAUGCAGUGGAAGCUAGUGAAAUGGCAACUCAGGCUCGUGAAAUUGUAAAGGCAAAUAAUCUGGAUGAUAAGGUCGUCGUUGUUCAUGGACGCGUUGAGGAUGUUGAAGUUGAGGAUAAGGUUGAUGUGAUAAUAUCAGAGUGGAUGGGUUAUAUGCUUCUCUAUGAGAGUAUGCUGCCUAGUGUCCUGUUUGCAAGGGAUAAAUGGCUUAAACCUGGUGGUCUUAUCCUUCCAUCUCAUGCUACGCUCUUCAUGGCACCCAUAACAAAUUCUGAGAGGUAUGAAGGAAGUGUUGAUUUCUGGUCUGAUGUCUAUGGCAUAAAUAUGUCUGCACUUGUGCCACUUGCCAAAAAGUUUACAUCGGAGGAGCCCUCCAUUGAAAUAAUCGGUGGAGAGAAUGUUUUGAGCUGGCCAUUUGUGGUCAAACACAUAGAUUGCUACACUUUUAAGGCCGAGGAGCUCAAAUCUUUCACAACUAAAUACAAAGUUUCAUCCAUGAUGUUAGCUCCCAUUCAUGGCUUUGGUUUAUGGUUUGAAGUGGAGUUCAAUGGCCCUUCAAAUCCCACAGACAAAUCUCCUUCCGAUUUGAAUCCACUCGAUGUUAUUCGUAAGAAAAGGCGCCGAGGAUCAGAAGAUCCAGUGGUGCUAUCCACAGCCCCAGAGGAUGAGCCAACUCAUUGGCAUCAGACUAUUCUGUACUUCCCUGAUCCUAUAGAGGUGAAACAAGACCAAAUUAUAGAAGGCUCUGUAAAAGUGUCUCAGAGUGAGGAAAACCCACGUUUUCUGAAUAUUCAACUAGAUUGCACCACGGGAGGCCAAACAUUGGUGAAAGAUUAUGCCAUGCGAUGAAUGGUGUUCUUAGUUUGCUGAUCUGGAUUCCCCGACUUCUGAUGAUUUCUGGAGGCAUGCAGCCAUGGAACUCAAGUACUAGCACAAGUGUCAUGAACUGAACCUACUCGCCAAGGUAGAAAGGAAUAAUCUUUAUUAAUCAUGCCUAUUGGAGAUUGCAGCAUGGUGACGACUGACGAGGACUAACUGAUUGUGUUUUGAUGAGAAGGUGCUUUCAGAUGUCCCUCUAGCCUGUAUCGAUCAAAAGCAUGAAGGGACCGCACAAAAUUAAGCUCCAGUUUGCAUGCUGGAUUAGCCUUUAAGAUUGGUUCUGAAAACAACAAAAAAAAUUCUGCUAGCUGAUAUUCAAAUUAGCAGGUACUGAGAUACUUCUGCACAUGCUCACCAAGGCAGGGAAUCAUGUACAGAUACAAAAUUCAGCAUAAAAAUACAACAGAGUCUACUAUACAAUCAAACAUGAAAAGUAUAAA